AUGAUGGCGGGGAUGGAGAACAUCUACUCUGCCACCUACAGCAGUAACCCAGUCUACGAGCUCAAAAUCGACGGCGAUAGUGUGAUGAGACGGCGAGCAGAUGAUUGGGUCAAUGCAACACAUAUCCUUAAAGCUGCCGGAUUUGAUAAGCCUGCGAGAACCCGUAUCCUUGAGCGAGAGGUCCAAAAGGGCGUGCAUGAGAAAGUACAAGGUGGAUAUGGCAAAUACCAGGGGACUUGGAUACCUCUCUCGGAGGGUCGACAGCUCGCCGAGCGCAACAAGGUCCUCGCCAAACUACUCCCAAUUUUCGAUUACACUGCUGGAGACCGCAGCCCGCCCCCAGCGCCAAAGCACACUUCAGCUGCAUCCAAGCCCAGGGCCCCGAGGAAAUCGGCCGCCGCCAACCGUGCUGCCGCGGCCGCGGCCGCGGCGGCAGCAGAGAGUCUGAAAGUUGUUCAACCUCCACGCAGCAUGGGUCCUCCAACCAUUCCCCAAGACCAUUAUGAAAUGAACGCAGGGUUUGAUGACAAUGAGUCCAUUGGACAUAAUACCAUCGAGUCUUCUUCAAUGAUUGCAGAUGAAGACAUGCUUCAGAUGUCACACGGCGGUCGCAAGCGAAAGCGUGGAGUGGAUGAGGCAACUGCUAUGUCAAUCGCCGAACAGGAGCAUAUCAUCUAUGGUGAUCAGCUCUUAGACUAUUUCAUGACCGUGGGUGAUGCCCCAGAGGCAACUCGCAUUUCUCCUCCUGUCCCUCCCAGCCAGUUCCAAGUUGACCGAGCUAUUGAUGAUUCUGGAAACACUGCCCUUCACUGGGCCUGUGCAAUGGGUGACCUGGGCAUUGUGCACAGCCUUAUCAGCAAAGGAGCCAAUGUCAAGGCACUUUCAGAGCACGAAGAGACCCCGCUUGUCCGAGCUGUCCUAUUCACCAAUAAUUAUGAAAAGAGAACGUUUCCGACACUGUUGGAUAUGCUCCUCGACACCGUAUCAUUCCGGGAUUGGUUCGGCGCCACCAUCUUUCACCAUAUUGCGGAGAAUACUCGAAGCAAAGGGAAGUGGAAAAGCUCACGUUACUAUUGCGAAAUCCUCCUUGAUAAAUUAUGCAAAACCUGCUCGCAGGACGAGAUAGCCAUCUUGCUGUCAUGUCAAGAUCAAAACGGAGAUACUGCCGCCCUUGUUGCAGCACGAAAUGGCGCAUUCCGUUUGGUUAAUAUCCUUCUCCUCCACUGCCACCGCGCAGGAGAUCUUAUGAACAACAAAGGCGAGACCGCUGCCAACAUUACACAACGCGCCCACCACCCCGACCAUGACAUCCCGCCAGCUCCAUCUUCAGUUACUAUGGCCAAUGAGCAUGGUGAUGGUGAUGUGGGUGGCCUUGCGACUGCGGACCAACAUCCUGCUCCUUCGGUUACAGAGGUCCCCGCAACCACCGAGCUUCUCUCUAAGAUCGGCACCAUCAUGUCCGAUGCAAACAAGAAGCUCGCGGUGACAUACGGCAACUCAAAGGAUAAUCAGCAAGACUCCAACGAUGUUGCCAAUCCCGAGACUUUACACGAGCAACUCGAGUCUGACCGACAGAAGAUCCAGGCACAACUUGUCAAGCUGAAUGCCAAAGAGGCUGAGUAUGAGCGUACUGGUGACCAAGUUGGUCGGUGUGAAAGCUUGCGGACCACCUACGAGUCCCUCCUUGAGCAACUCCAAUACAGCCGCUUGGCCCAGCAGCUUGCAAUCACGGAGGUUCCCAAGCCAACGCCGGCCUCCCUCGAACAAGAUCAGUUAAUUGCGCGGUACCAACUUGCCCAGGAGCUCAGUUCUGCGCAGAAAAUACGGCGCAAUGCCGUCAAAGACCUAUCUCAACAAACAGCCGACGCGGGUGUUAGCACCAAGUUUGAUGUUCAUCGUAAGCUGGUGGCGAUGGCGACUGGGCUCAAAGAAGAGGACCUGGACCCGAUGGCCGCCGAGCUGGCCGAAACCCUGGAGUUUGACCGGAUGAAUGGUAAAGGUAGCACCCCUGAGCUUGGGCAUCGGCGGCUUCCUUCUCAAAAUGACACGGAUACCCUCCCUGGACCUGGGGUUUCUGUGAACACUUGA